AUGUCAGCACUUUCUGCCGUGGAAUCGCUUCUCAAAGACGACCCAAGCCAGGUGAUCAUGAUUAUGUCUUCGCGUUCGGUGACUGUAAUUGACUUGAAGCAGUCGGCCUUGGAGAUCGAGAACCUGCUAGACCGAAUCCGAGAAGAACUGCAAUCGAACAAAAAGCUGGGAAGCCUAGUGAAAUACAAAAUCGUGGACAAAGGACAUAAUCAACAAGCACGACUGAACAAAUUGCUCCACUUCAAGGGACCAGAAGAAGCGACCUUAGAAUUGCUUCAACAGAAGAACAAAGAAUGGUUGGAUGAUCCCAGUACCUUUUGGACGUAUGGGAUGUCUCCGACCACUGGUGGUUCACAUAAACAAGGGGCGCAGAUUAUUAGCCUUUAUCUCCAAGCCAAGUGUAUUGACCAGUAG